AUGCCACCAAAACGCCAAAAGACCUCUGAUUCGGCGUCGACACCCGAUCCCAAGAGGCGUGUCACGCGCUCAUCUGCUAGGACAAACACAAGAGAUGCGAAAGAAUUAUCAGACUCACCAAUCGACUCGCCAGAGGCGGAAUUAACCGCGUCGAAAGGAACGCGCGCGCCCAAGCCUAUGAAGCGUUCACCAAAUGAUGCGAAACCAGAGGCAGACGCCCAGCCCGAUCAAGAAAGCGACUCAGCACCCCAGAAUCGUACAACCCUCACCAUCACGCACGACCUCGUCAAGAAACCAAUCGAAUGCCACCAAUACACUCCUACAUCAUCGCUAUCCACCCCACCACCAAUGCUGAUUUUCACCCACGGCGCAGGCGGCACACUCUCCGCCGACGCCGUAGUCAACUUCUGCACCGGAUACUCCUCUUCUCUCCCGGUCCUCGCUUUCCAAGGCUCGAUGAACCUCAAAGCGCGGACCAAGGGCUUCCACGCAUGUAUUGAUGAGCUGAACUCCAGUCAAUCGACUGCACAAAAGGGAGCAAAAGAUGGCAGUGCUGGCAAGAAGAUAUUGUUGCUAGGCGGACGAAGCAUGGGGGCGCGCGCCGCUGUCAUCGCUGCUACCGAACAUCUCGCCUCGCUGGACGACAAGGAAAGAGAGGAACUGAGCAUACAGCUCAUACUCGUUUCUUACCCACUCCUCGGCCCUAAAGAUGAACUGCGCGACCAAAUUCUCCUGGAUCUACCAAAGAGCGUGCGCAUACUCUUCAUCAGCGGCGACGAAGACGCCAUGUGUCCAAUCGAUACGCUGAAUGAAACGAGGGAUAAGCUGACCGCGAAAUCGCAGCUUGUCGUUGUGACUGAUGCGAAUCAUGGGAUGAAUGUCGUACCGGCUAGUAGGACGCGAAGAGUAGGAGAAGAGACAGGGCGUUUAGCAGCGCAAUGGGUAGAAGGAGGGCUUGUAGAGGAUGAGGUGUUCAUCGAUGAGCUGGAGGGCGAAGGACCUUGGAAGUAG